AUGACGACAGCCGCCUCUCUCCGCGCCUACGCCUUUGACCGGCAGCAGAGCCUGCUGCAGCUCGACUGCAGCGCCGACUUGCGGCACUAUUCGCGCAACCUAGGGCCAGGCGUCCAGGAGCGCAUCUUCCAGACGACGAGCGACGCACUGAGGACGCAGCUGGACGAGCACCGCGACUUUCUCCUUCAACACCAGAGGCAGCAGCAGCAACCGCAUUUGGCCCCUGUGCCCGUUCCGAGCGGACCCGCGCCCGCGCCCGCCCUCGCCCAUCGCCCAGCCUUUACGCAGCCUCCUCCGCUGCCGCCGCCCCAGCAGCAGCAGCAGCAGCAGCCGCCGCGGUCGUCUGCCAUGGGGCCGGCGAUUCAGAGCCUGCUGCAGCUCGACUGCAGCGCCGACUUGCGGCACUAUUCGCGCAACCUAGGGCCAGGCGUCCAGGAGCGCAUCUUCCAGACGACGAGCGACGCACUGAGGACGCAGCUGGACGAGCACCGCGACUUUCUCCUUCAACACCAGAGGCAGCAGCAGCAACCGCAUUUGGCCCCUGUGCCCGUUCCGAGCGGACCCGCGCCCGCGCCCGCCCUCGCCCAUCGCCCAGCCUUUACGCAGCCUCCUCCGCUGCCGCCGCCCCAGCAGCAGCAGCAGCAGCAGCCGCCGCGGUCGUCUGCCAUGGGGCCGGCGAUUGUGGCUCGCAGCCCGACCAAGACGGUGUCGGGCGACAUCAAUACGUACCCGCUUGCGCUGCGCGAGGCGCUGUACUCGCAAAAGUCGACGUCGCGGGCGCAGGACGGACGGACCAUAUACCACAUUGUGUGCAGCCGGGCGACGGGCCGGGCGGGCGACGACACAGUUGUCAUGGGGUCUUGCCGGAGCAUGGUGGCCGCCAACGAGGUUGCGGCGCAGUACUUUCUCGAGAAUUGCCUGGGCAACAGCGAGGACGUCAAGUACAAGCAGCUAGCCAACGGGGCGCUGAGCUGCGAGGCCGUCAUGGACAACCGGCGUGUGAGCGUGCAUGUGCAGGAGGCAAGACUGGAGUGAGCCUUGGAAGGCAGCGAAAUAAUAUAUAAAAAAAGGGAAGGGCAAAACACGCGUUGUGUAUGUGUGUUAGGUGCCAAGGAUGUCAUUUAGGAGGCAUAGGUUUCAGGUCCCUAAGGGCUGUGUUAGUCUGUUUUUUUUUCUGUUCCCCCCCUUCAAACCAUGGUAAACCUGCAGGGUCCGAUGGGCAGUUUGUUUCCGGUCCCACCUUUUUCUCGAAUGACUAGCAUCCUAUUAGCGGUUCCCUGCAGUACCAGGAGCGCAUGUCUGGGUACUG